UACAACAGUUUGACAUAAAUAUUAUAUCUGUCAUGGCUGGCAAUCACAAUACAGCUAUGGCUAUACUAGUCCGAGAGAUAAAAAUAUUGAUUUUUACUAUUUCGUGUACUGAAAUUAGUAUUAGCAAAACAUAAGUGAUCAGGCUACAUAAUUACUAAUUGUAGAAGCAAAUUUAAAGUGAUGAAUCUUUGGGCGAAACCUUAACAGCGAAACAUUGAUGUUAUAAAACACUUGCAUACCCAUAAAUAACAAUGGCCGCAUUGAAUAUUGAUCAACCAUCCAACAGUGAUACGGAAGUGAACAUACGAAGGGGACUUGAUGUAAUUCAAAGCAUGAUAGAUAUUUCGGCCGAUCGCUUGGAGGGCCUUAGAACCCAAUGUGCAACCAGUGCAGAACUUACACAACAGGAAAUACGGACACUGGAAGCUAAGCUCGUCAAAAUGUUUUCGGAGCUCCUUUUAACGAAGGCAAAAUUGUCGGAACGUUUACCAAGUCGCGGAUUACCGGCCACAGGCAAUGAACUUAGACAAUGGUUACGCGUUGUAGGAUUGAGUUCUACAUCGUUAAAUGCUGUGAUACAAAAAGUAGAUUCACUUGAACGACUGUUAGAAAAAAACGAUGUUGAACUGCGUGAAAUAUUACUUAACAACAUCAACGCCCGUGAUGAGGAAUUACGGCGAUUAUUACACGCCAUGAAUAAUCUCAGACGAUGUCGAGAUCAUCUGCAAUCUGAUGAGCCAAAAGAACCGAUCGAUUUGUUUUGGGAUUCGUGGGAUCGCCACUCAACACAUUACCGUGGCUCUCCUCGUAUCAGUCGCUCUUUGCCGAGAUCCGCUAAAAAAUCCUCACAAAUAGAUCGACAAUCUAACGGUGUAGUAUACAGUCCAGUGGAUAUAACAAGGCCUGUCGGGUCAGCUGAGGGUGCACAAGAAAUAACACUUCAACCGAACAAAACUGUAUCUCCGGAAGAAGCAUCUACUUGUACACUUACUCCUUCACCGUCACCACCAACAUCUCCUUCAAACUCAGCUACAUCGAAGCAAGUUAAGAAAAGCUUUCCUACCACUCCCCCUCCUAAGAAAAAGCAUCAAACUCAUAUACGUCAAACGAUCAUCAAUCAAACAUCAGUUGCACAUAACAAUAAUCUUAUCAAUCCUGUCCAGACCUCUGUUAAUGCCAAUACUGAACAGUCAUUGUCACUAACAAAAUCCAAAUCCCAUGAGUCACAGUUCUUGGCUAGCCAAUCUGCACACACGGUGGAAUGCGUCAAUCAAAAUAUGGUGAAUUCUAACGACAUUACUACGUGCGCCCAUACAUUGUCAGCUGGUAACGGUAGUAUACAUUCUUCAGGAGCACGAACUCGUUUGUAUACAGAUCCAACACCCGAAAAUCACACCAAUGAUGGAACUGAUAGCAUUAUAUCCAAUCUGCAUAGUGUAUCUAUACCACCUAAAUCGCCGUGCACUCCAAUCAUAACACGUGUCAUGGGUCAUAUGAUACAACAUCGCUUCACUAAAAAAUUCAAAGUGACAAAAAGCACUUGUGACUUAUGUAAUAAGCAAAUGUUUUUCGGAUUCAAAUGUACGGAAUGUAAAUAUCGCUGCCAUAAAGAUUGUAAAUCGAAUGUACCUCCUUCUUGUGGAUUACCUCAAGAGUUUGUAGAUGAGUUCAAAAAAAGUUUGCAAUCUGAUACACUAAUUCCUAAUGUAUCACCCAACCUAUGUAAUCGACUUAUGUAUGCAAAGGAUCGGAACCGUGCCCAGUUACACGGAAUACAUGGAGGUCCAGAUAGCAGCGGCUCGAGUUGCAACAGUUCAUCUCCUUCAAGUCCAGCUCUAUUGUCGUUGCUUCCUCCAACUCCUGCUGCUUCUAAACAUUCACAAUUCAACUUUCCAGAAGUAUCAAUUGGUGGUUCGUUCAGCAUUGUUUUAGAUACAGAAGAUAUAACAUUGGAAACCCAUCCCAUAAAUAACAACAAUAGUCGACAUCCCGGUGUAGACAUUCCAAGAGUACAACUUUCGAAGUUGCCAGAAUCACAUGAAAGCAAUGACAGUGACAAAACCGGUUCUACAAGCGCUGCAAGCACGGAUUCUUCAUCAGAGAGAACUCCGGUUCGACUAGAUUCAACGGAAGAAAAAGAUAAUGACAACUGGCCUCGUCAAAACAGUAUCUCUCUUAAGGAAUGGGAUAUUCCUUACGACGAUCUUAAAUUGCUAGAAAAAAUUGGUAAUGGUCGAUUCGGUACCGUUCAUCGCGCUCUUUGGCAUGGAGAUGUGGCAGUAAAAUUAUUAAAAGAAGAUUACGUUGCUGAUGAGAGAACACUUGAAGCGUUCAAGUUAGAAGUUGCCACUUUCAAAAAAACUCGUCACGAGAACGUAGUUUUAUUCAUGGGAGCAUGUAUGAAUCCUCCGAGGCUAGCUAUCGUUACUUCGUUAUGUAAAGGCAACACACUUCACACACAUAUUCAUAUUCGCAAAGAUAAAUUUAAUUUGCAUCGUACUACUAUUGUUGCCCAACAAAUAUCACAAGGAAUGGGUUAUUUACAUGCUAGAGGUAUCGUUCACAAAGAUCUUAAAACUAAAAACAUCUUUCUAGAAAAUGGCAAAGUGAUAAUAACCGAUUUUGGCCUCUUCAGUGCUACUAAAUUAUUAUAUUGUGAUUUAGGAUUAGGUAUACCAAGCGGUUGGUUGUGUUAUUUAGCCCCUGAGUUAAUGCGCAAACUCACUUCCUAUCGUCCAAUAGAUGAAGACUUGCCAUUUUCAAAAUCGUCGGACAUAUUUGCUUUUGGAACUGUAUGGUAUGAACUGUUGUGUGGAGAUUUCCCUUUCAAAUCACAGCCUCCGGAAGCUAUUAUAUGGCAAGUCGGCCGGGGUAUGAAACAAACAUUAGCAAAUUUACAAGCUUCACGUGAGGUCAAAGACAUUCUGAUGAUUUGUUGGGCAUUUCAAGCUGAUGAUAGGCCGGAUUUUGCAAAGUUACUGGUACAGCUUGAGCGGUUGCCUAAAAAACGCCUCGCACGUUCGCCAUCACAUCCGGUACAGUUGUCGCGCUCAGCUGAAUCAGUUUUUUAAUUGAAUAAUAUGCAAUCAAUGAAGAUGAAGCAUUUGAAAUAAAUUGUAAAAUAAGGUCUAAUUGUUUUUAUAGUCACUAAAGACAUUAUUAACAUAGGAACAAACUCGUAUUAGUGCAUCAUGUGGAAAAUAAAAUAAAAGCUUUCUAUAAUUCUUUCUACAAAAUCAAACCAAAUUCUAGUACGUAAAACACAAUAUCGAGCGGCAAAUGCAAAAUGCUGAAAUGACACUGUACAUAAAUUGUUUUAUCAUAUAGUGAACCGUAAAUUAUUGCGAAAUGUAACUUUAAAAUAUUAUAUGGUUAAAAAAUAAAUAUAUUACGUAAAUUAUUUAA